UUUUUCUGUUUGCACCCGCGCUAUGCUCUCAUUUACUCUGCUAUUCUGUCUACUCUUGGUGGAUACAUACUGUUUACAGUGUCAUGACAUGCGAACCCAAGCUUGGUCAUGUUUAUGUCUGCUUCUCCUACCUCCUGCCUGCAAUCCUUGAGGAGCUGCUGGUAUCUGAGCCACAUGCCAAGAUGAGCAGCUUUGGACAGGUCCUGAAGGAGGUCAGGGAGUUUGGCUUGUUUCAGAAAAGCUUACUUGUUGCAUUAUGCAUACCCAGCAUUUUCCCAGCUUUCGAUGUGACCAGCCAGGUGUUUACUGGAAUGAGCUUCCCGCAUCACUGUAACACUGACUGGAUCUUGGAGGGAGGAUCAAACCUGACAAAAGAGAAACAAAGAAAUCUCACCAUCCCAAUGGACAAGGAUGGAAGAUUUGAAAAGUGUAAAAUGUUCACCCCUGUGGAUCUGGAUUUGGAACUGAUUGAAGAGCUCGGUCUUAACAGCACAACAGGAUGCAUCAGUGGCUGGGACUAUGAGGUCCAACAUGGUGUUUCUAACAUCGUGACUGAGUUUAAUCUAGUUUGUGACAAAAGUGGUUUAAUUGAGGCGUCACAGUCCCUCUACAUGGCAGGUGUUCUGGUCGGAUCAGUGGUGUUUGGGGCGAUUUCUGACAGGUUUGGCAGAAGAUUUGGGGUCCUUCUUUCAGUUUUCAUCCUGCUGUUGUUCGGUGUCAGCACAGCUUUCUCGCCAAACAUCUACGUUUAUAUGAUUCUCAAGUUUUUAAGUGGAACUGGUGUCAUUAUCAUGAACACAUUUGUGAUGGUGGUGGAAUGGACCGAUCCUUCUAAAUCUGCUCUCUGCACAAUGUCUAUCAUGAGCUUCUUUUCACUUGGACAGAUGAUUUUGCCUGCGAUUGCUUAUUUGACAGCAAACUGGAGGAUCCUACAACUAGUGCUCUUCACCCCCCUUGUCAUUGUCCUGUUGACCAUGUUCUGUUUUCUCCCAGAGUCAGCACGGUGGCUCAUGUCUCAAGGCAGGAAGGAGGAGGCUCUGAAGGAGCUCCAACGGGCUGCCAAAGUUAACAAAAGGAGUGUACCAGGAGAUCUGCUAGAGAAGGUCCUCAUCAAUGUGGAAACUUCUCCAAAUAGAAAGAACAUGAUGGACAUCUUUCGAGUCUCCUACUUGAGAAAACUCACGCUAAUCAUGGCCUUUAACUGGUUUGCAGCAACUUUUCUGUUCUAUGGACUGAGCCUAAAUAUUGGGAGUUUCGGCCUAAAUAUCUACCUCACCCAGCUCAUCUUUGGCUUCAUUGAAAUUCCUGCGAACUUUGCUGGCUUGACUCUGAUUCAGCGCUUUGGGAGGAGAAUUUGUGAAGCAGGUUUCCUUGUCUUUGGUGGGGCCUCUUGUUUGGUGGCCAUUGCUGUCCCAAAAGAUCUUCCAGCAGUGGUGACUGUCAUAGCGAUGCUGGGAAAAUUUGCUGCUACAGCUGCCUGCAGUACAGCCCAUGUUUAUACAGCUGAAUUAUACCCUACUGAUUUAAGGCAAAGCGGUGUAGGCUUAAACUCCAUGUUUGCACGUUUGGCGGGAAUCCUCUCACCACUGGUCAGGCUCUCGGAGGUCUACCACUAUAGUGUUCCCAUGGUGGUAUAUGGCAUCAUCCCAAUGGCUGCUGGUGGUUUCUGUUUGCUGCUGCCUGAAACCCUCAAUGUUGAGCUUCAGGAGAUCACUGUAAUCAAAAACACAAUCAAUGGACCACUGGGGGACCAAUGUUGCACUGAAGGCACUGACAACAAAUCAUAAAUGGUUCUUUCUUUCUCUUAUUCUUCCAAUCUAUUAGCUCUCACUAGCUUCCCCAUCCCUGCAGAAAAGCAUGAUGCUGGCAUCAUCAUUUGUCACUCUGAGAAUGAUGCAUUCAAGCAGAUGUGCAGUGUUGGUGUUUCAUCACACAGGUCUCUUUGCAUGAAAGAGCUGCAGCAGCCAGUUCUAUUUAGUUUUUUGCACCAAACUUUAAAUAUGUUUUAUUUUCCAACAAUGCCUUUUUUUUUGGAGGAGGGGGGGGGAUGACUGUUGCCUUGUCCACCUCAGCUGCAGCCCUUUGCAGCUUCCCUGGAGGAACCAUAGGCUUCCUGGCUAUUUCUGACUAGUUUAGGUGGACAUCCAUGUCUUGGUUUGCAUCUGUCCGAUAUUAACCGAACCCUGCUUUAAACGUAUGCACAACUUUCUCACAGUCUGCUGUGUUCCUUGGUCUUCGUGCAGUUGUUUGUUCACUAAUGUUCUCUAACAAACCUCUGAGGCCUCCACAGAACAACUUCAUUUAUACUGACAUUAAAUUGGUGGACUGUAUUUACUGAUUUAGUCAGUUUUAUAAGCAUUUGGUUGCAUUGGACUUCAUUUUAGGCGUUUCAGAGUAAAAGGGGUCUGAAUAAAAAUGUUGCACUUCUCUGAA